AUGGCCAAGGAAAAGAGAGCGAAGCCCAGCACCAGCCGAAGUAGCAGCAACAAGCGCGGAUCUUUCCAAGAUGUCUCGCAAGAUGGCUACGCCAACGAACGCGGGCUCGGCGACGACGUGCUGGGCCUGGCCCUGUCUAGCCAGUACGACGACACCGACCUCCCCGGCGAGGCCGACGCCAUCGACCACCAUCGCGCGCCCCACGAAGGCACCGCUGGCGACUCGGCCGCCGAGGGCCUCGCCUACUACGAAGCCCUGGGUGACAAGCCCGCCUCUUCGUCGUCGCGCGGCCUUCGCGCCUCCUCGUCUGCCCACCGACGUGCCGCGGCCCACGCGGCCUCGUCCAUGUCAACAGCGGCGCCUGGUCGCCAGCGGGACGGCAGCGCGGGCGACGACGGCUCCAGUGGUGACGACGACGACGACGACGAUAACAGCAGCGGUUCCGAGGGCGGCCGUGACAGCCGGCGCGGACGCCACGCCAAGCGCGCACAGCGGCGCGAUCGAACGGCGGCGGACGGCGGCGACAAGAAAUGGGCGAAGAAGAAGCGCGCGCAGCAGUACUCGGACGACGAGCCCGAGCAGCAGGACGUCAAGAGGGCCGAGCGGGAGUACAUGGUGGGCGAGAUCGACGAGCGCGAGCUGGUCAUCGGUCGGCGAAUCGCGUGGUAUCCCAACGGACCCGGAUGGAUCGAGAAGGUGAUAAUCAAGAUUCCGCGUAUCAAGGAGCUCAAGGGCACAGAGCUCCGCCGCUUCCGCAAGGCGGUGGCCAAGCGCAUCACGGUCGCGCAUCCGAAUGUCGUGUCGUGCCUCGGUGCCUGCACGGUGCCGGGCCGCUUCAAGCUGAUCGAGGAGACCCUGGACGAGGGCGGCUUCUCUCGGCUUCUCCGGGCACACCGCCACUCCCCCGCUCCGCUGUCGCCCAACGAAGGCCAGUGGAGUCUGUUUCAUCGCAUGCUGAUGGCGUCGGACAUCGCCUCCGGCAUGGCCUGGUUGCACUCCUCCGUGCCGCCCAUUGUCUACGGGGAUUUGAAUUCGUCGAACCUGUCGGUGGAGUACCGGGAGGGGCGCGCGGUCAUCAAGGUCGCCAACUUUGGCUUCCCGAUGCUGUGCGGUCCCUCCUACUACCCCCACAAGGCGGCGCCAGAGGUGCUGGGUACGCCGCUCUCCAGCCACCAGUCCUUCACGAAGGAGGCCGACGUGUACGCCUUUGGUCUCAUUCUCUGGGAAUUGCUCACGACUGAGGAGCCCUACCCCUACUUUGCCAACUUGGACGAACUCAUCGAGGCCGUGUGCAGGCAGAAGGAACGCCCGCCGCUGCCCGACGAUUGUCCGACGGCCUUGCGACAGCUCAUCCAGGCGUGCUGGUACCACGAGUCCGCGUGCCGCCCCGACUUUGUGCAGAUCACGGCCAGGCUGGACGAGAUCUUCAUCAGGAUGGCGGUCAGAGACGAGGAAGGCCAACGCUUCUGGAUCGAGAACUUCCCCAAGCAGCAAGCGGUGGAGUGGGGCGUGUUUGUUCGUGCCUUCUACAGAUUCCUCAAAGUGCGGCCGCCUCGCGGGCGUCGCCUUGUACAAAGCAAAGGGAGCGCGAACGAGCAGCUCCGAGAGAAAGAGCGGGAGGAGGAGGAGCGAGAGGAGAUGGUCAUGCAGUGCUUCAAGGCUCUGGUCGUCUCCAAGGACCCGGUCGACGAGGGCACGCUGGCUCUCGGCAGCCGCAUCGCCGUGCGCAAGAAGGAGAUGGUGCACAUCCAACAGUUCGGCCGCAUCUUGGACUGGUUCGGUCCCGUGUCCAAGAACGUCACGCUCCCGCCACCCAGGCCGUCGACGUGUGACGAGGCGCUGGUGAGUCCGAGGAAACAGGCGCUCAUGCGCAAGGGCAAGGGCGGCGGUGCGGCAUGUACAAAGGAGAAGAGCGCAUCCGGACACGGCAGCCACAAGGACGGGCGGCGGGCCGGUAGCGGCAAGAGGCGAGCGGCGACCCGGAGAAAGAGGGCCGGCAGGGGCCACUACGCCUCCGAGAGCGACGACGAUUCGGAAUCGUCGUCGGAAGAAGAGGAGGCCGACGUGACGGACUCCUCUGAGUCGGACUCGGAGAGCGAAGAAGAAAGCGAACGGGAUGCGAAGAGCAAGCGCGUCGACUUUGCGUCGGUGCUGCCGGUGGAGCUGUCGUUGGCCAUCUUCCGCUACUUUGAUGAAUACGAUUGGACCGACCUGCAAAGCGUUUGCAGGAAUUGGGCGACGAUCAUCAACGUGCUGCGAAACAAGCAACAGCGGCGACUGCGACGGCGGCCCAGCCGAGAAUCGUCGGCAUCGCGCCAGGCCGAGAAGACGACCAAGAAGAAGAAGAAGUCCCGCAUCGACCCCAAGACCUUCCACCUCGCCCGCGGCAUGUCGACCGGCGCGCUCUCCCUGUCGUCCGUCAAGAACAAGCACCACGCCGGCAACAGCCACAGCGGCGGCAAGCUCAUCGAUUCGCUCCAGGACAAGAAGCACGGCGGCGCCGGCAGCAAGAUGGAGCGGAUGGGCAAAAACUUCAAGUCGUCGGCCCUCCUCACCCGCAAGCGACGCACCAAGGGCGGCGGUGGCGACGAUUCGUCGUCUUCGUCUUCGGAAGACACCGACGGCGAUGUCGAUACGCCGCCGGCCUUUGCUGCGCCCUCGAAGCGCGAGCGCCGUAGGGAGCGCCGCCACCACCAGGACAAGGACGACUCGGCCUACUGCUCGUGGAGCGACGACGACGACGACGAAUGCGACAUGGACAACUGGGAGAUGGUGCCGGAGGCCAACCCCAAGCGGACGAUCUUGGACGCCAUCCACGCGGUGCUGACGCAGAAGUGGUUCCAUGGCGACAUCGAGACCGCGGACGCCACCUACCGCAUUCAGAGCUGCCCCCAGGGAACGUUUUUGGUGCGCUUCAGCACCAACGCGACGCAUCCGGGCGCCUUCACCAUCACGCGCGUGGCGGCCGGCCCAUCGAUCGGCCACAUCCGCAUCACCCGCUCCGAUGACGGCAAGGGGAGAUUCAUGGUGAACAAGGACAUGGUGUUCGACAGCUUGGUGGAGACCAUCGAGAGCACGAAGAACAUCCUCGGCCUCACCUCCUCCUGCCCCGGCUCCCCGUUCUACAAGAAGUUCGGCGUGCCCUCGUCCUCCGCGACUCCUUCUUCGGCCUCGCUGACGGCCUCCCGAAGCUGA